AGUCUGCCGUUCGAGUUUAAAAACCAUUGGCUUCCUUCUCGAUUCUCAUUCUCUCUUCCCUUUCUCCCAAUUUUAGUAACGAAACUUUACAGGCCUUGUGCAACAAAACAAAAUAAAUUCCACUCUCUCCAAUGACUUCUCUGGUAAAAGUCUCCGACGUGCCACUGACUCCCUCCGGCCAGCUGUUUCUCCAGCCGGAGAUGAACACCAUUAUCAACUGCGCAGUCGGGGGCAAAAACGACAUGGACACGGAAGCUAUAAAAUCCGCCUUAAAGAACUCCAUCAUGACGAAGCACCCGAGAUUUAGCAGUCUCCUUGUACACGACAAGAACGGAAUGGAGCAUUGGAGAAGAACAGAGGUCGACGUCAACAAACACAUCAUAUAUGCUGAGAUCCCUAAGGUCAACGGCACAGCAGACAACAACGCCGGCAUUGAUGCCGAGAAAAUGGUGAACGAUUAUAUAGCAGAUUUAUCAGUAAGUAGCCCGCUUAGCUUGGACAAGCCUUUGUGGGAAAUUCAUAUAUUACCGGAGCCGCGGUGCGCUGUUUUCAGGUGUCAUCACGCACUUGGGGAUGGGAUCGAACUGAUGUCGAUGUUCCUCGGAAGUUGCAGGAAGUUGGAGGAUCCAGAGGCUGUGCCCACCUUGGAUAGUGGUCGUAUCCGCAGGAAUUGGAGGGGAAGCGGAGGGAAAUUGAAGGGUCGUAGAGGUCUUUUGAUGUGGUUCUUGAAGAUGGUUUUGUAUGCCUUGAAUUUUUUGAUGGGGUUCUUGAAGGUGGUUUUUUAUACUUUGCUUUUCUACGUGGAGUUUGUGUUGAGGUGCUUCUGGGUUGGUGACUCGAAGACAGUUAUCUCCGGCGGUGAUGGGGUGGAGCUAUGGCCGAGGAAAGUGGCUACUGCCCAUUUCUUGAUUGAGGACAUGAAAAUGGUGAAAAAGGCUGUUGCUAAUGCGACCAUUAAUGAUGUUCUUUUGGGAAUGAUAUCAGCUGGAUUUUCAAGGUACUUGGAUCAUCGAUCGCCAAAUUCUUUGAAGAAGAAUCAGCGACUCACAGGAGUAGCCAUGGUUAAUUUAAAAGAGCCGAUAACAUUGCAGGAUAUGGAUCUGAACAAAAUGAUAGAAAGCACUCCAAGGUCUCGUAAGGGCAACAAAUUUGGGAUUAUUCUCAUACCCAUUUUUUAUAAUAAAGGUAUCGCACCUCUGCAGUAUGUGAAGAUAGCUAAGAGAACAGUUGACAGGAAGAAACAGUCCUUGGAGGCUUUUAUCUCAUAUGGAAUUUCAAAUUUAUCAAACUACUUGUUCGGAUCUAAGUUUGUUUCCUAUUUCAUGUACAGGAUUCUUUGUCAUAGUAGCUUUACCAUCUCCAAUAUGGCUGGACCAAAAGAUCAGGUUACUUUAGCAGGCAAUCCUAUAACAUAUAUAAAGGCUAACAUCACUGGCGUGCCCCAAGCAGUGGCAAUGCACAUGGUGAGCUAUGCAGGGAAAGCUGACAUGCAACUUGUAGUGGCCAAAGACAUCAUCCCUGACCCUCAAUUUCUUGCUAAAUGCUUAGAAGAUUCCUUGCUUGAAAUGAAGGAAGCUGCUAUUGCUACCAUGAAAAAAAAAGGGAAAAAAAUGUUAUCAUAAAGAUACAAGAAAGAAAAAAUUGGUUGGCCAUUGUCUGGCAAGUUAAUUACCUUUAUAUGCAUCGACUUUUUGGCGAAAGUAAUAAAAUAAAAGAUAAUUGCAUUAA